AUGUUUGCCAAAGCAACAAAGAAUUUCCUCAGAGAAGUCGAUGAUGGCGGUGAUCUGAUCGCAGUAUUGAACCUGAAUGACUCUGACAAGUUACAGCUUCUAAGUCUGGUGACCAAAAAAAACAGGUUCUGGUGCUGGCAGAGACCCAAAUACCAGGCUUUGUCCGUCGCCCUGGGAGAUGUGUUUACCGAAGACCAGCAUCUGAGUCCAGUGGUGGUGGAGUCGGACUUCGUGAAAUACGAGGGCAAGUUUGCAAACCACGUGAGUGGGGCCAUCGAGACGGCCCUGGGGAAGCUCAAGCUGAACGUCGGGGGCAAAGGCCUGGUGGAGAGCGAGUCCUCGUUCGGGAGCGUGAAGAAGCAGGAGGUGGACCUGCAGCAGCUGCUCGGACAGGCCGAGGGCAGGAGGAUCAAUCUGAAGAGCCCUCUGCUGCAGCAGGUGCAGGAGCGGCGGAGCGAGGUCCUGUGCGUGCUGACGCAGAGGAUCGUGACCACGGAGAAGUGUGUGAUCUCUGAGCACGUGCAGGUGGAGGAGAAGUGCGGCGGCAUGGUGGGCAUCCAGACCAAGACGGUGCAGGUGUCAGCCAAGGAGGAUGGGUCUGUCGUCAAGGACUCCAGCGUGGUGCUGGAGAUCCCGGCGCUCACCACCAUCGCCUACGGUGUCAUCGAGCUGUACGUGAAGCUGGACGGCCAGUUCGAGUUUUGCCUCUUAGAGGGGGUGUGCGGCGGCUUUGAGAACGAGAGGAGGAUCGACUCCAUCUUCCUGGACCCACUGCCCUUCCGAGAGUUCUUGUCUGGAGACAUGAUGGAUGCUGGGGAGAGGCUGCCUGGCCCCAACAGACCGCUGUGCAUUUUAAAACCAGCCAGGGCGCCGCUGGAGAGGAGCUUCCAGCCCUUCGCGCAGCUGCCGGGGCCGCAGCGGGCGGCGCUGAGGGGCCUCCUGCAGGCGACGCUGUUGGACGCGGAGCUUCUCCAGGCCCUGGAGCAAGUGUGUGACGACGUGGCCAGCGGCCUGGCGCCCUCACAGGCGGUCCUGGGGGAGCUGAAGCCCCCGCAGAGGGAGAACCUCACCGUCUUCCUGCGGCUGGUAGGGUGCAGCGUGCAGGACGGACGUCCGGGCCCGGUCAGCGACCAGCAGCUCUUUUCCGCGGCCUACAUCCUGGUCAGCGCGCUCGCAGAAAUGCCAGACAAUGGAGCGGCUCUGCUGGGCACCUGCUGUGAACUCCAGAUCAUUCCUACACUGUGCCACUUGCUCGGCGCGCUGUCUGCGGGCGGCCAGGCGGACCUGGAGGACGGAGCGCUGGCUCCCCUGAGGGACGCGGAGCCGUUCGGGAUCGUGCAGCGCCUGCUCGCCACGGUCGGCGUGGCCCUGGAGCGACAGCAGUCGGCCGUCAGGGCGGUCACCUACGACGUCCCCGACCUUGACCUGUCCCCGCUCGCUCUGUACGUGAGCCUGAGCGGGCUCCGCGCGCUGGGCCCAGCACAGCAGUGA